AUGAAGCUCGCCACCGGGAAUCCUGCCACCGUCAAGUCCUGUCGCAUCGCAGCCGGAAUGCCAUCCGCCUCCACCUCCGAAGAAGGUCCCAACCUUCUCGCCCUGGAUCGUAGGAGAAGACACGGCAAGCGCCGCAACCGCAGACCAGGACACCCACGCAGCACGGACACCUUCCGCCCACCCAAGGCGGCGUCUUCAAGAAGAAACACGACGCCAGAGCGCCGUCGCCGCCCAAUCCAGAGAUUUGGGUUUUCACCCGGGCGCCAAAGGAAGGAGGGAGGGGGGAUAUACCUCAGCAUCGCCUCCAAGGAGGAAGACGGCGUCCAGGACGUCGCCGACGCUGUGACCGCCACCGUCGGCCAAGGAUUUCUCCAGGCCAGAGCCCCCUGCCCUGCCACCCCAACCACGCCCAACACCAACGAGAACGCCGGAUGUCAUGGCCUUGGGGUGGGUACCACAUGGAAUCCGGCCUCCGUCUUCAGAUCUGCCACGAGGUCGACGGGGCAACCACCGCGGCCCGAGCACCCUCCACCGCCUCCUCGCCUCCCACGCGACCGAGGAGACGGUCAUCAGCAUCAGCAAGCGCUCCCCGCCGCCAGGGACCGCGCCGCCCUCACCUCGCAGAGGCCACCACCUCCGGUGCCCAAGCCCCCACCGGGAGGAGCGCUGGUCGACCACGCCCUGACCCACGGCUGCUCCGGCAGGAGCAAGACGCAGCAGGGCGCCGACGACGUGCCCGCUUCGGCACCAGCAGAUCCCGCACGGCGUUCCUCCUCCUAUCGUCGCGCGCGAAGCCGGGAACCCGAAUCCCCGCCGCCCCCUUCCUGGGCGUCACGGCCUUCGACUGGCAGCGCCUCCGGGGGCAACGAGGAGGGGAGAUCGACGUGGGGGGAGCUGGCGGUGGCGGCCUAG